GGGAGGGCGCUGCCGCAGCGCCGUUAGUUUCUCUCACGUGUUCGAAUACGUCGAGUUUCGUGACACUACGCGCGUGUCUAGAAUAGGAAUCGGCCUAUUCGUGUGUAAACGAAUGAACCAGUUGUAAACAAAGUUAAGAAGAUGGCUUAACUUUGGUUUUAAUGACAACAAAAUGGAUUACAAAGAAGUGAGAAAGCGAACUGUAUAUUGAUAGUUAAAGUUUGAAUGGAGGUGAAACAAAAGUGACAAAGAUGGAUGAUAGUUCGCCGGAUCUGUCGCUGAAAUUGCGACGAGGGUCAAGCGAUUCCAGGGAGUCCUUUUAUAUGGACUUUGCUCAAGGAAUCGAUUCUGAUAUUGAAGAAGUGACAACUAUUGAGAGGAUUAUCCCGGAGCACCCGGGAGGGAGAGCGGAAGGCGACGCCGACACUCUUGCAACUCCCUCUGGGCUCGAAGACAAAGAUUUGUCGCAAUGUUGCUUCUCAAUCCCCGCGAACAACAUGUCUGGCGGGUCCCACGUGUCUCGGGGCACGUUCGGCGACUCCGAGAUGUCUGGCAGCAGCGCUCCGCCCCUCCCGAGCCCGGCGUCCGCGGGGGCUGCGCUGGUGUCUCCGGAGACCCUGAGCAGGCAUAGCAGCCCCCCGCCGAUACCCGCGCACCCGUGUCAGCCGGCCCCUUCGUGUUCCUCUCAUCAUGUGCAUAUGGAGUCGCCGUUGAGGUUACCCAGUCCACCAUCGCUAGGAACCUCAUUGUCUCUUCAGCCCGUACUGUAUGGCCAUUCAGAUGGAAGUUCGCCGCGACCACCGCUACCGCCAGCACGACGACCUUCCAGGCCAAACACUGCUAUCCCGAGCAUGCAUAUUAUUAGCGCGAGUGAAGCUUUCGCAACGACGCUUUCAGCUUUAUACGGAAAGCUCCUGGUUGUGAUGGGAAUUGCAUUUCCUAUGGCUGAAGUUAUUUCUACAUACAUUCCACCAUCGUUUUAUGAGGGUUUUUAUUUAUACCUUUAUAUUGGAAGCAUGGUAUUUCUUCUCUACAUGUACGCGGCGUUGGUUCGAGAUAGAUCGCGUUCAGCAGCUGAUACUACAGUUAUGGCAAAAUCAGACAGUUCAUCCCAAUCGGAGUCCGAUUCUUGUUCUUCCCGUACUGAACGCAGUACAGCCACCACGCACGUACAACCGCAACUAUUGGCCAAGCGACUGUCUCUUGGCUUCGCCUUAACGUCCAGAACACACCACUAUGGGAGCUUCUACUUGAGGAUGGGGGCUGUUGCGUUCGGUAUCGGUUCCAUGAUCUACUCCGGUCUCGAGUUCGGUCAGUACUGGGAGCUGGAGAGGAACACCAAUUGUCACAACGUGUUGCUCGCCCUUACACCGGCAACACGAAUGGCCUUCAUCUUUAUACAGAUGUACUUCAUCUUUCUCAAUAAUGAGAUGAAAGUGUACAAACACAAGAUCGUCGCUCGAUUCGGUCUCAUGCACAUGGUUGGAACAAACCUCAGUGUGUGGCUCAACGUGCUCGUGCAAGAGACGAAGCACGAGAUACUCACUUUUUACGACCCGGAGAAUAAAACUAUAGGAUUGUCGCAUAGACUUGCGUUCCAGAAGGCCUUUGCAUCGCUAUCAACAGAAGUGCCCCCCUCCCACCCCGCGGCCGCGCACCUCCGCGUGCCGCGCGGACUCAAGGGACCACAUCACAUAUUCGAAUGCAGACGUACUAACAUCAUGGGCUCGUUAGUCCAAGACGCUUCUCCCUUCUUAUUCCCUUGCACUAUCGAAUACUCGCUUAUUUGUGCAGCCAUUCUGUACGUGAUGUGGAAAAACAUUUCCAAGUAUCCGUCAAAAGAUGUCGCAGAAGCGAUAGCGAAGGCGAGAAUUCUAGAAGGUCUCGCGUAUAAGAAGUCGCCACAUUUAUAUAGUGUUGAUUGCGCCAGAGCGCACAAAGGACUGUUUUUCGGCAUUUUAGUCCUCGUUCUCACUAUCAUUUCUCUGAUUCUAUUUUUCGUACUCGUUUCCAAAAAGGAUUAUGCGACACUAGCAGUUGUAGAAGUUAAUUUGUGUGAAUUAGCUCUAUAUGCGAUGACAACGAUAGCCAGUUUGGCGGGAAUGGUCUGUGUUCGUAAUCUCAAGUACGACGGGAACAGAAACCUUGAAUUGGACAAUAUUCUGCUUGUUGGAGCACAAACCGGCAUGUUCAUUUACGGCACAUUCACAAUUAUCGGUGGACAUUUCACCAUUGAGAAGAAUACGAUAUUAAUCUUGGUUACAGCCCUAUCGUCUCUCAUACAGACAACUUGUCAAACAAUGUUCAUUCUAGACGCAAGUAGAAGAUCUGCGAAGACUCCAGAACAAUUACGCAAGAAGCCAGGACGGGAAAUAGUGACGUUUCUACUUGUGACAAAUUUGGCGAUGUGGGCAAUAAAUACUCUGGAAAAAUCUAGGGCGGAAUCUCAUCCUGUGCAAUUGCAUUUCUACGGGCUUUGGGCUUGGACCAUAAUAACCCACGUGUCCAUGCCUUUAGCAAUCUUCUAUAGAUUCCAUUCGACUGUCUGUUUGUGUGAAAUCUGGAAACGGGCCUACAAAAUGAAACCAGCGUACAUGUAGCAUACAACGCCAAAGGAAAACCUCCACAAACUUAACGAAUACUUUUAAAGUAAACAUCGCAUAGAUGUUAGUGCCAUAGGAUUCUGAUGGAUUCGUUAUUAUAAGUCUUAAGCAUUUCAUAUUAGAUCACUUCACUUCCCAGUGCACUCAUUUGUUCGAAGUUGGUUACGUUAAGUUGAGAUUAAGAUGUUUAAUGUUAUUUAUUUGGUAGCUUUAUCAGACGCUUUAAUUACCAUAGUCCUGUUGAUAUUUUAGUCUCAGUAUUUUGCAUUUAGAACGGGUUGGAAUGAUUUAGCGUUAUUUUGUUAGAGUAAUGGCGAUCUUGGAUCAACUAUUCAUAUUAAACAUUUUAACUAGAUUGUUUUUAAUGUUAUUUGUUUGGGUAGUUGUUCCAAGGCUUAUUGUUAUGUGUUUAGAUGUAGAUAAAGAUUUUCCUGUGUUGAUUUUCACGUUUUCACGCUUAGAAGUUAGAUGUAGUUCGUAAUCUCGAAUAGUUACAUUCCACGUCAUACCGCAUUUACUCAUCCAAUCUGAUUCAAAGGAAAUGUCUUCCAAUAGGUUAUAUUUUAUUAAGAGUAGCCUCUUUACCCAAUGUAUUCUGAAUUAUGCUUGGAAUUUGAAAAGCAGAAGUUUGCUUUUUAAAGCAAUUUGUAGACAUUCGUCUAAAUAAUUAUUAAUCACAGUUACCUCUAUAUCCAUAAUGUCGAAUAAAAUUUUUGGGCGUGUUUGUAAAUCGUUGAAAAUGUCCUUACGGAAGCCUUUUGUUUAUAUAAAUGACUUUUUUUUACAAUACCUAUAAAUCUUUAAAACAUACAAUAAAUUUUUAAAGAACAGAUAAAUAUCGAUCAAAAUCCAGACCACUCGGCCACCCGUGAUCCCGCCAGAGCAAUCGAAUUUAUUCUAUUCUCUCGGUUUAUGCUUAGAGGUUUUAUGUGUUUAAGGUACACCCCACGCCAUCUAUUGAGAUGAUUAAACAACCA